CCUAAAAACGAACAUGUAGCAGCGAAAGACACCAAAGAUGACCACCGUGAAAUAGCGACAAAGACGACCACCCGUGAAAUUGCGACGACCACCCGCGAAAUUGGCGGCACCGAAGAUGACCACCCGUGA